AUGGAGGCGGCAACAAAGGGCCACUUUCGCCUUGCGGGAAGGGAGUUUCCCGCUGUUACGUGGUGGAAGGAACCUAACAUGCGGAAGACCUACAUCUGCCUGAUGUUCGUCAUCCUUACUAGCGCAACAAAUGGUUUCGACGGUAGUAUGGUCAACGGGCUCCUGGCUUUGAACCAGUUUAAAGAUUAUUUCAACAACCCCGAAGGUAAAAUCGUCGGCCUCUUCAGUUCCAUAAUGUUUCUGGGUGGCUUGAUCGCACUGCCUGUUGUCCCAUACGCCGCCGACAUACUUGGCCGUCGGAUGGCUGUUUUCAUUGGCUGCAUUAUCAUGAUCUUCGGGGUUGCUCUUCAGUCCGCCAGUGUCAACUUCCGCAUGUUUGUCGCCGCCCGCUUCUUCAUCGGAUUCGGUGUUGCCAUUGCCCAUGGCGCUUCGCCGUUGCUGAUCACUGAGCUGGUGCACCCCCAACACCGUGCUGCGUACACAACCAUCUACAACACGACCUGGUAUCUUGGGAGCAUCAUAGCUGCUUGGCUUACCUUCGGCACGAACCACAUCCCAAACCACUGGUCGUGGCGCAUCCCGUCCAUGGUGCAAGCUGGGCCAUCUAUUCUUCAGCUCAUCUUCGUCUGGAUAGUUCCGGAGUCUCCAAGAUGGCAUAUCAACAAGGGUCAUGACGACAAGGCUCUGGCUACGCUUGCAAGGGUCCACGCUGAGGGCAACGAACAUGACGAGGUCGUCCAGCUCGAAUUUGAGGAGAUCAAGCACACUCUAUCGAUCGAAAAGGAAUUCGAGGGUAACGGUUGGUUUGAACUCGUCAGGACGAAGGGCAAUCGUCGUCGUGUGCUCAUUCUCGCCACGCUCGGUCUGUUCUCGCAAUGGUCCGGCAAUGGCCUGGUGUCGUACUACAUGACCAAGGUGCUCGCCGGAAUCGGCAUCGAGGACAGCAACAUGCAGCUCGUCAUCAACGGCGUCCUGCAGAUUGUCAACGCCAUUGUCGCCAUUUCGUUCUGUUUCUUCGUCGACAAAGUCGGCCGCCGCCGGCUCUUCCUCUGCUCCACCUUCGGCAUGAUGAUCUGCUUCAUCAUCUGGUGCAUCUGCUCCGCCCGCUUCGAAAUCGGGGGAAGCACCAACCACAUGAUGGGAAACGCUGUCGUUGCGAUGAUUUUCCUGUACUAUGUCUGCUACAACAUGGCUUGGUCUGGCCUGCUGGUCGGCUACGCCGUCGAGAUCCUGCCGUACAAUAUCCGCGCCAAGGGCAUGUGCAUCGUGUGGUUCACCGUCGACGCCGCACUCUUCAUCAACACCUAUGUCAACCCAGUCGCCCUUGAUCAUAUCGGCUGGAAGUACUACAUCGUCUACUGCAUCUGGCUCGGCAUCGAGUGCGCCGUCGUCUACUUCUUCUACAUUGAGACGCGCAAUACUCCUCUCGAGGAAAUCGCCAAGCACUUCGACGGCGACGCCGCCAUGGUCGGCGGUGCCGCGGCUACGGAGAAGGGCAGAGUGCUGGCGAGUGAGAUGGCGUUGGAUACCGAGGAGAAGGCGCCGGUCGUCGAGCAUAAGGAAGUUUAG